AUGAGCAUGCUGGCGGCGCUGUUCACGGGCCCCAAGCUGGAGGAGGCGCGCCUGGAGGGCAGCAGGGAGGAGCCGCGGAGCCGUCAGUCCCGCUCCCCGGCGCCCCGCAGCCUGCACAGCCCCGAGACAGGAUACAAGACCUUGCCCGCAUCUUGCUCAGAGCACGCCCUGCGCGGCCUGGCGGGCGGCCUCAGCACGCCCGCACGGCCACAGAUGCUGCGCACCAUCAAGACGCGCCUGCAGCUGGCGCGGUCCCGCGAGGGCGGCGGGGCGGAGCGCAGGGGUAUGGGUGCGGGUGGCAGCACUGUGGAGUUGGCAGCACUGGGAGAAGCGGGAACAGGCAGAGAGGGGAGACGCGUGGCCAGAGAGGAGGCCAGCGUGUGCCUGCCUGCUUUGGAAGUGUUUCCCUGCCUGUUGAGUGCCUGUCGUGCCCUGGGAGACUUUGCUGCCAUGCCAGCUUGUAUCAUCUGCACUGCUGUCAUCCUUGCACUUGUCAGCUUCACCAAACUUUCCAUGUGGUAUGAGCACUGGGAUAAGAUGAAGAGCGUACGCAGCAAGUUUGUGGAUGUUUUGCGGCUGCACGUGCGGGGUGGAGCGGGGGGCAUGGGUCUGCUGUGCCUCAGGGGAGUGGGUGGCGCAGGGGGUGACGUACCACUUCUCACCCUGCUCUCCCUCUCACAGACCACUUCUCACCCUGCUCUCUUUCACAAACCACUUCUCACCCUGCUCUCCCUCUCACAGACCACUUCUCACCCUACCACUUCUCAUUCUGCUCACCCUCUCAUAGACCACUUCUCACCCUGCUUUCCCUCACAGACCACUUCUCACUCUGCUCUCCCUCUCACAGACCACUUCUCACCCUGCUCUCCCUCUCAUAGACCACUUCUCAUUCUGGCUGGUGCUGAGCUGACCAUUCCUGUCCCUACCGGCACCACCGUCUGGCUCGAGCAGCACCAGAAAUUGCUGGGUGAGAUAAACUGUGCAGGGGACAAGGUGUUGGUGGCUCGAGGUGGGCAGAGCAGCAACCCCAGCAACCAGUACAAUGGGCAGAAGGGACAGGGACACAUUGUGAAGCUGGAACUGAAGCUGUUGGCCGAUGUGGGUCUGGUGGGCUUCCCUAAUGCUGGCAAGUCCACACUGCUGUGGGCCAUCUCCAGAGCCAGACCCAAGGUGGCCAGCUACCCCUUCACGACGCUGCAGCCGACCCUGGGUGUGGUGGAGUACAGUGACAUGCGGCGGCUGACCAUCGCUGACCUGCCAGGACUCAUUGAGGGUGCCUGGGCCAACGUGGGGAUGGGGCACCGCUUCCUGCGCCACGUGGAGCGGACACACUUCCUCCUCUUUGUGGUGGACAUCAACGGCUUCCGGCUGUCACCCAAACAGCCAUACCGCUCACCCACCGAGAAUGUCAUGCUGGUCAACAGGGAGUUGGAGCUGUAUUCACCUGACCUGCUGAGUAAGCCAGCACUCCUUAUGGUGAAUAAGAUGGACUCUCCCAAUGCUGAGUCUCGCCUGCAGGAACUCCUUCACAACAUUAAGAGGAUGGAGGACUAUAUGUUGUGUUGCUCCUGUGGUGCCAAACUCACAGAGAACUCAUGGGAUAACUUUGUAAACAUCUCCAUUCCACUGUCUGAGGCAUCCCAGCUGGUGACCAUCCUGGGACACCCCCACCUCAUGGUCCAGACCCUCAGGAACCCUGCUGACCUUGCUUUUGACUUGGUGACUGUCAGGAGUGGGCUGCUCAGGAGUGGGAGAGGAUAUUUGAACCAGAAAGCAAAGCCAGCACAACCCACUUCAAAGCUUCCUUGGAGGGUUUCUAUGGACUCAUUCUAGAGAAACUGGUCACUGAGAAAUUUUCAGACUCCUCAUUGGCCUUCCCAAGCACCAGCAGUUUUAGCACAAUGGCACAAGACGGGUAGGACAUGGUGCCUCUCGACCUCGAGCUUCUGGCUGAGCUGGAGGAGGAAGCAACCUCUCACUAUACUGAGGAGGAUAACCAGUUUACAGAGCACUGCAAGAAGAGCCUGCCUAAGCCGCAAAUACUCCCUGCUGACAGAUUUGACCGCAACAGACAGUGCAGAGGCAACUUUAGGCAUCAAGACUACAGGAAGGAAGGAGGCUGCAGGGAUCAAGGGGAGUACAGAGGUCAUGGGAAUUAUAGGGAUCGUGGGAAUUACAGGGAUCACAGGAGGGAAUAUUCUGACCACAGGCAAGGGAGGUUUGUCAGUGACCACAGAGAUCAUGAUGACAGCAGAAGGGAUAGCAAGAAGAGGAAGUACAGGUCUGAGAAGGAGAGUGAUGAGUAUGGAAGAAGGAAUUACCAGUCCAGCAAAUACUACAAUGGGUGGGGGGGGUGUCAUCCUGUUGAGUUUUGUGAAUCCAGUGGCUGGUAUAUUUAUCUUUCAUCAGGGACUUCACACAAGCUUCCACGCCAUUAAUUCUUUGAGCAGUAACCAAAGGUUACUGACAUUUAAUUUACAUUUAAAUGCCUGCCUGCCUGUCUGUUCAUAUCUUUCUCUCACAACGUACUCACCAUUCACUUGUGAACAUUUAGAUUUUUAGGAAAUAUUUUUGAGCAAGUUCCUUCAUCACAAGGCAACCAUCUACUAAAAAGAAAGAAAAAUGGAAUAUAUGUUGGCAUUUCCUUGAUUGCUUUUGGUGUUAAUGUGUGACUUUCCAGAGUGACAAUACAAGUGUUAUCCCCACUACAAGUCAUGCACUAUAUAUAACAUCACUGAGUAUCUUUUCUCUCAUUUUCAUAUAAAUGUUUGUAACAUUUUCAUAUAAAUGUAUGCUAACUUUUAUGUGGACUUACUGUAAGAUUUUUUAAAAGUAAAGUAUUUUUCCAA